UAUUUUACGUUAUCCGGAUUGAAAACUAAUAUCAGUGACUUGGGCGCUACAGGAUGGGGUUGGGCGAUCUUGAUAAUCAUCGUUGCCAUGAUUGGCAAAGUAACUGGUUGUACUGCUGCUGCUAAAGCAACAGGUUUAACUUUUAGAGAAGCUUUAACAGUUGGUGUUUUUAUGAGUUGUAAAGGUCUUGUAGAAUUAAUUAUCCUCAAUGUUGGUUAUGAUGCAAAAAUUAUAAAUAGUAAAGUUUUCUCGAUCAUGGUCGUCAUGGCCCUCGUGACGACUUUUAUUACAACUCCGCUUGCCACUUAUUUGUAUCCUAUUCAGUAUCAAAAUCAAAUGAAACAGGAACGUAGACGUAGAAAGAAGGAUAUUGAAUCAACAGAUUUUUCAAAAGAAAAUAUCAGAUUGUUAGUUGUACUAAAAAAAGUUGAAAAUCUCCCUGCUAUGAUAACUUUUGUACAACUUUUACAACCUAACAAAGCUCCUAUCAAAUCAACUUUACAAAAUUCCGAUGAUCAAUCUGACUUAAGCACAACUAAAGCUAUGAAACCUAUGAGUAUUUAUGUUUUACGUCUUCUUGAGCUUACGCAACGUAUGUCAGCAGUGAUGAAGUUUAAUGAAAUAUCGGAAACUAUCUUACAUGAUCCAAUUAUGAAUAUGUUCACUGCACUUAGUCAAAUUAAUUCAGUAAAGGUUGAGCCCAAGCUAGCUGUUGCUAAUCCAAAAGAUUAUUGCCAGGAAAUUGUUGAUAAAAUACAGGAUGCUGACAUUAACUUAGUAAUAAUUCCAUGGAGUGGUGCUGGCGAGAUAGUAGAUACGCCAAUUGAAAAUGAAGAUCAUACUCCACGCGAGAAAAAACAUACAAGUCCACAUGUUGCAAGUUUUGUUCAAGGAGUUUUUAGUGAAUCAAAGAUUUACGCAAGCGUGGGCGCGUUUGUUGACCGUGGUUUUGGUAGCAGCGACAGUAAUAUACGUACACUCCCUAAUCCUAUGGGUUAUCUCCGUGUUUUCGUACCAUUCUUCGGUGGUGCUGAUGACCGUGAAUCUCUAACUUUCGUUUUUAAAUUACUUGAAUAUCCAAAUAUCAAUAUAACUGUUCUGAGGAUAAUAAAAUCAGAAACACUUACUGGUAACGAAGUCACAUUAAAACCUGAAAUUCAAUCCGAAAUUCCCGACGACGAAAAAAAUCGCCCUCCGCUUGACCGACAAAUUUCAACUAUUUCUAUAAGUGAUGCUGCUGCGAGCCGGGAGAAUGAAGAGGACGAAUCUUUCUUGGAAAAACACUUAAAAUCAAAAUCAGGAUAUCCUAGCAAAAAUGCACGUAUAAGUUAUCAAGAAAUUAAAUCUAAUACACCCAUACAAACUGCUGUUGAACGUGCCAAAGAUGUUGUCGAUAGAAAAGAUUUAGUUGUUGUAGGGCGUAGUCAUCAUUCGCAUGCAAAUGAACGUCAUCACCAUCAUGAAUUCAGGGAAUUAAUUAAAAAUUUAGGAAGUUAUGGCAAUGAUACACAUAAAUCUUUAGGCUACGUAGCUGAAGCAUUUUUAGUUGGAGGUGUUUUGGCUAGUCUUUUAGUGUUGCAGGCAAAGGAUGUUGAAGAUAAAAAAUGA